AUGGAGGGCGAGGUACCAACAGAACGCAAAUCACGCAAAUCCGUUGCCUUCACCGACGAACAAGUUGUUGUCGACGCUGACGGUUCAGUGACCAUGGUCAACGCUACCGAAGAACCCAAGGAUACGGCUCAGUCCCAUACGCCUCCCGCUGAGGACCUUCCCCCAGCUGAGGAUGGUGGUCUCGACCUUUCCCUGCUCAAGAAGAAGAAGAAGAAGUCAAAGAAGGUCGACGAUGCCGACGCCGACGCCGACGCCGACGCUCCCCCCGCUGACGAUGCGGCACCUGCCGAGGAUGGAGGCCUUGACCUGACUCUGAAGAAGAAGAAGAAGAAGAAGGCCCCCAAGGGCGAUGAUGACUUCACUAAGCAGCUCGAGAAACUUGAGCUCAAGGAGGGCGAGGAAGUCGAGGAGAUUCCUCAGGAGCAGGAGGGUGACAUGAACGAGGGAACUGGCAUUUGGGCUCACGACGAGACCAAGACCAUUGGCUACAGCAUGCUCCUUUCUCGCUUCUUCCACCAACUCACCGAGAGAAACCCCGACCACACUUCCCCAGGAACCAAGAGCUACAAGAUCCCCCCUCCCCAGUGCAUGCGAGAAGGCAACCGAAAAACCGUCUUUGCCAAUAUCGCCGAUAUUUCUAAGCGUAUGAAGAGAACUGAGGAGCAUCUUACCGCCUAUCUUUUUGCCGAGUUGGGCACCAGCGGUUCCGUUGACGGAAGCCGAAGGUUGGUCAUCAAGGGUCGUUUCCAGCAGAAGCAGAUCGAGAACGUUGUCCGAAAAUACAUCAUCGAGUAUGUCACCUGCAAGACCUGCAAAUCCCCCGAUACCGAACUCAACAAGGGUGAGAACCGUCUUUACUUCAUCACCUGCAACAACUGCGGCUCCCGACGAAGUGUUACCGCUAUCAAGACUGGUUUCUCUGCCCAGGUCGGCAAGCGAAGAAAGAUGCAGGGCUGA